GACACAGCUUAGGCUAUGGCUUUGUAAACUAUGUGACUGCAAAAGAUGCUGAAAGAGCAAUAAACACACUGAAUGGUCUCAGACUCCAGUCAAAAACCAUCAAGGUUUCCUAUGCUCGUCCGAGUUCUGAAGUUAUCAAAGAUGCUAACUUAUACAUUAGUGGACUGCCAAGGUCAAUGACACAGAAAGAUGUUGAAGAUAUGUUCUCCCGUUUUGGGCGCAUCAUCAACUCGCGUGUGCUUGUGGAUCAAACUACAG